AUGCCUCCAAAACCCCCGUUCUCGCGCACUUCCCUCUCUCACCGAGAGAAGCGCAAGCACACCAAACGUGCUAUUUGUUGCAUCGUUUUCCUCUUCUUUUCCCUCGCGUUCAGAGUUCUCUUCUUCGGGAAAUCAUCAUCUCGAGGGCGGCACUUAAACGAUGAAUACGGGCGAGAACCUUUAUACGCGUUCGGAACGCACCAUACGCACCACCAGUUUUUGCAAAAGAGUCCUCACGAGUACGCGCUGAGCAUGGCGCGAGGAGAGGAGAGCUUUCAUCAUCGUCCUCAUAAUCAACAGGAGGGUUUGAGUGUGAGCAAAUCAGAGGAGGAAGAGGAGGAAGAACAGAAGCAGUUUUCGCUGGCAAACACGAAGGUGUACGUGUACUCGUCGCGAGAGAUAUCCGAAAUCGCAAAGUUAGCGCCGAAAGAUUGCGAAAGGGUGGAAUCAGAGCAGCUGUUACACCGGAUGUUUUUGUACUCGACGCAGUUAAGAACGAGCGAGAAGAGCGAGGCGACGCACUUUUUCGUUCCGGCGUAUCCGGAGUGUUUGAGGACGCAGAAGAAGUUGGACGAGAAGACGAUUGAGGGGUAUUACGUGGACGUGUUGAAACGACUCGGGCGAUUCCAAAUGAGCGGUGGGUUAGAUCACGUGUUCGUGGCGCCAAGAGUAGGAAUGGAUGCGGUGUUUCCGAAUUGGCGAGCGCACUGCGCGAAUUGCUUGUUUUUGAGAGCGUCGAGAGACGUGCGAGGGCAAACGACGGACGUUUUUCGAGAAGUGGUGAUUCCAGACGCGUUUUCCGAGUCCGAGGCAAGGAAAAACGACGAAACAGCGGAAAAGUUGAAAUCGAAGAGACAAUCGCACGCGUUGAUUAGCGUAUUAGGGGACGACGAUGAGGCGAAGCGUUUACGGAGGAUUCACAAGGUAUCCGAUGUAGAAGACAUGCGAUUUAGAGCGUCAUUUUGCGUGGUUAUCGUACCAAACGACGCGGAAGGUGAUGAAGACAUAGACGAGAGAAAUCAUUGGACAAAAAACAUCGCGUUGGCGUUGUGGUCGGAUUGCAUUCCGGUUCUGUUGCACAAGAAAAAUGCCAACGCGAACGACGACGACGAUCACUUUGCCCACGCGCUCUUAGACGCGCUCCCAUUAUCGGACGUUUUAGAUUACGAAUCCUUCUCGAUCUCCCAAGCGUACAAAGCCAACACGGAUGACGACGAGUUACUCGAUUAUCUUCGCGCGAUCAACGCGCGAGACCGACACGAAUUCGCUCGCAACGGCAAACGCGUCCGGUGCGCGUUCGUUUACGACGCCGGCGAUAGCGAGUGCUCCGCCGCACUCGCGUUAGGAUUUGCGUUAGGUAAACGCGGUUUACAGUUCCCGAAAAGUUCGAGAAGCUUCUGGGGCGCGCACGGUGUUCCACUCGAUGGUGACGGGAACAUAGUGAGCGCUUCUUCUUCUUCUUCUUCUUCCGCUGUGUUCGAUGAAUCCGGCGGCGGCAACUUUGAAAUCGAACACGUCUUCACGUACGCGCCGAAAGGGAACGAUUUGAAUCCUCCGAAGUAUUGUUAA